AUGUUGUCGCUUUCGUCAGGAAAAUUGAUUCCUACCGCGGCCAAGUUCUGCAACCCUCGAGCAUUCCAGUUACUCGGCUCACCCCUCCUCCUCUCCUCUGUCUCCGUCCCCGUCCUCGUCCGUGGAACAGUUUACUGCCAACCAAAAGUCGAAUCAGCUGUUCAGGACUAUGGUCUGGCUACCUUAGUUGUUGACUGCGAUGAGUUUUGGGAGCAUACACAUCCUUUGGAGCUCCAUGACGACUUACCCUCUAUAGGCGAAACUGUCUCCGUUUUGGCAUAUGGUUUAGAUCAUAAUACCAUUGAGCUUGUAGAUGGUGCUAUAACGUCUUCUGAUCCACCAAGAGACUAUCAAUACGGCACAUUGUCCAUACAAGUUAAUAAAGACAGUUGCAGCCCUCGUGGUCCCAUCUUUCUGGGAAACAAGAUCGUUGGUUUAUAUCAAGGGUUUGGUUACGAAACAAUCCCAGCUUCAGUGAUUAAAAGUUUUCUGGAUGGCCUUGAAGAAAGACAGACUAGCUUUGGUUCCAUUGAUAUAUGGUAUCAAACCAUGGAAGAUGCUCAACUGCGUAAACAUUUCAAAAUGAGUCAUGACAUGACUGGUGUUCUUAUAAUCAACUUUGUUCCACUAUCAAAUGCAAUCAAAGUUCUGAAAUUACAUGACGUCAUACUUGGAAUUGAAGGUUUUCCUGACGAUAAUGAUGGAACAAUUCGUCAUCUUCAGAAAAAGGAAUUGUUCAGUUUUGAUCACUUGAUUUCUAUGAAGAAACCUGGCAAAACAGCUUUGGUUAGAAUCUUAAGGGAUGGAAAAGAGCAUGUGUUCAGUGUCAGUUUAAACUUCACGCAGCCGCUGGUUCCAUACAAGUUUCUACCAAGCUAUUACAUAGUAGCUGGUUUUGUCUUUGUGUCGCUUUCUAAGCCGUAUGUGGAUAAAUCAAGUGCCAUAUGUAAAUGUGCAUUAAAUAGGGAGGCCAAAGCGGACGGUGAACAGAUUGUCAUCAUAUCUCAGGUGAAGAAAGUAUACGGAGUGGAAGUUGUGAAUUUGAAGCAUCUAAGUGAGCUCGUAGAAAACUGUGCAUUGAAGAUUUGA